UAACUAUACAGUAGAGUGGAAUUUUCAGUGAGUGCAUUGAAUGUAGCUAUGAUUUUCCGAAGAGUGUACUAUAUUUUCUUUAACGGAUGAACACGGGUUUAAAUAUUGAAGUGAAACAUUUUGAUGACAAGGGUAUACUAUAGUUGAGACAAGUUAUAGUUUAACAACUUUUGGAGUGUAAACAUUCACUAAAAUGGAAAGAGAACAAGUACAAGAAAGAAGACAAAAUAACAGAGAACCGGAAGUGCGUCAAAGAGGACGAGACAACAGGGAACAAGAAGAACCGGAAGUUCAAGAAAUACGGCGUAAUAACCGUCGCAGACGGCCUCCACUUGAAAGAAAAUUUGGAUUUUUUCAAUGUCAUUGCAGCAAGGAAUCUUCUUGGACGAGUGCCCAUGUAUAUUGCGUGUAUGGGACAAACAGGGUGUAUUUCAAACAAAAGUGCAAGGCAUGCGGUGAAGCGAAAAACCCGUUUAGAGUUCGAAAUCUUCAAUGUCCGGACUGUGGCUUGGACCGUGAUGAUUGUGAAUGUGAAUGUGUUUACUGUGAAAAACAUCGGUAUGACUGUGAAUGCGAGUUUGACGAUGAAGAAACUGGCCCUGAAAAACCACAUAGGAGUGAUCUGUGCAUGAAAUGUUUAGCUGGUUUACCAUGCCAGCGUGGCGACGACACGGAUAGGCCAAGCAGAAGGCGGCGGAGAAGGAGGGGGAGAAGGCGUGACUAAUGAAAUUAGCUGAAGUUGUAAAAAUUUAAAACACAUAGACACUCAUAUAUGCACUUGUAUAUCUUUUCAAAGUGGUAUAAAUAUGACUUUGAUGACAACGCCAUUCUUUGAUAAUUUUUAUAUUUAAAAAUUUGUGAUUGAAUUUGACCCACUAUAAUAUUUUCAAACAUUUCACAUGUUGUAAUGAUAUUGAUUACUUGAUAAUUAUAUCUUUCUUUCUAAGA